AUGACAAGCCAAGGGGCAGCAGCCGAAGUUGCGCAGGAUGAUGAUGAGGAAGCUCAGGACAUUGAGGAGGGUAUAUCGUCAUAUCGCCCUGGUCACUUCCAUCCCGUUUAUAUCGGCGACGUCUAUCACGACAGGUAUCAAGUAUUGAACAAAAUCGGUUAUGGCCAAUACUCGACAGUAUGGCUAGUUAAGGAUAUAUCUACUCUAGAUGCCGAUGCCAAUGCCGAUUAUUGCGAGUACUUCGCACUCAAAGUUCUAAGCGCCGAGGCUUAUCACUCGGAAAAGCCAAUACAAGAGAGGGAGAUCCUGAAGCAUCUCCGGGACAGCAACAAAUUGAAUCGUGGAUACAAGUACAUCUGCCACCUUGUGGAUGACUUUGAACAUCGCGGGACCAAUGGGAUUCAUGUCUGCCUUGUCUUUGAUCUCAUGGGCGAAACACUGAGCAGCUUUGGUACAUUAUUCAAGGGGGACAUGAUACCAAACCCAGUCAUGAAAAAAUUCACAAUCCAACUUCUCGCUGCACUGGAUUACGCCCACGACAGCAACGUCAUUCAUACAGACAUCAAACCGGAUAACAUCUUUGUCAAAUUCAGGGACCCUUCAUUGAUCGAAACAGGAUACUUGAAACAAGUCCCGGUACCCGAGAAAGACAAGAACGGCGACACGUAUACUAUAGUCCCUUCACAGCCUCUCAACGGGUUUUACUUCAACCCGACCGACUCACCGAUGGGUUUUGAUGUUGCCUUGGGAGAUUGGGGCGUUUCCAGCUGGGCGAAAAACCAUCUGACCUACUUGAUCCAGCCCGUUGCACUCCGGUCCCCGGAGGUGCUUAUUGGAGCACCGUGGGAUCAGACCACGGACUGGUGGAACCUUGGUGCAGUAAUUCUCGAGGUAUUUCGAGCGGUACGCAUGUUUAGCGGCCGCGUUGAUCCCGAUGGACAUUAUGAGGUGAAGGAGCAUUUGCGAGAGAUUGUAGAUUUCUUUGGUCCAUUCCCCCGAGCGCUUCUUAACAAGGGCAGUCCUGAGAUUACUGCUUACUUUGACGCAACUGGCAACAUCAAGGAUGCCCCUCCUAUGGACCGGCCAACCCUAAGCUCAGAUGAGUUUAUGGAGGAUCUUUCAGAGGAACCACGGCAGAAGUUUGUAUCAUUUCUUCACGCACUCAUGAAGAUUGACCCAGAAGCCCGCCUUUCCGCAAAUGACCUUCUUCGGCACCCCUGGCUUGGACACGGAUCUAGUUCCUAG